AUAAUCAAAAACAUCAAACUAUUAAUCAUUUGAUCAAAGAGAAAUAAUUUGCUAUCAAAAUGGAAAAAAAUGAAGCACAAAAUAACAAUCAUAUUGAGGGUGAGACAAGUUCUAAAGAUGGUUCGAUUUGUGGGUAUGAUUCACUUCACCAGCUCCUCAGUUCCAAUCUCAAGCCUCAUCUUUUCAAGGAAGUUAGCCGUUUGCUUCAAGGACUGAACUGUGGAGCGGCGGUUGAGUCUUUAGCGCUUGCAGAAUCUGCAAAGGCUCUAUCUUUAAAGCAUGAUUUUGACCUCCAGGCUUUUUGUUUUGGCGCUGACAAAGAGUUUAUAAGACAACCUCGAAUAGUUCGAGUGGGUCUAAUUCAGAAUUCUAUAGCUCUUCCAACAACUGCCCCUCUUUUAGACCAGAAGAGGGCUAUUUUUCAGAAAUUGAAACCGCUGAUUGAUGCUGCUGGUUCUUCUGGAGUGAACAUUUUAUGCUUGCAAGAAGCAUGGACGAUGCCAUUUGCCUUCUGUACCAGGGAGAAGAGGUGGUGCGAAUUCGCCGAGCCUGUAGAUGGUGAAUCCACAAAAUUUCUUCAAGAGUAUGCACAGAAGUACAACAUGGUCAUUAUAAGUCCAAUUCUUGAAAGAGAUAUUAAUCACGGAGAGACUCUUUGGAACACUGCUAUUAUAAUCGGGAAUAACGGCAACAUAAUUGGAAAGCAUCGGAAGAAUCAUAUACCUAGAGUCGGUGACUUCAAUGAAAGCACAUACUACAUGGAAGGAAAUACAGGACAUCCUGUGUUUGAGACGGCAUAUGGAAAGAUUGCUGUUAAUAUAUGCUACGGAAGGCACCACCCGUUGAAUUGGUUAGCAUUUGGCUUGAAUGGUGCUGAGAUUGUUUUUAAUCCGUCAGCCACUGUUGGUGAACUCAGUGAACCGAUGUGGCCCAUUGAGGCACGUAACGCUGCAAUAGCAAAUAAUUACUUUGUUGGGUCUAUCAAUCGUGUUGGGACAGAAACAUUCCCUAAUCCAUUUACCUCCGGUGAUGGGAAGCCACAACAUGCAGAUUUUGGACAUUUCUACGGGUCUAGUCAUUUUUCGGCACCAGAUGCUUCUUGCACACCCUCUCUUUCUCGUUGCAAAGAUGGCUUGUUGAUCUCGGACAUGGACCUAAACCUAUGUAGACAGAUUAAAGACAAGUGGGGACUUCGUAUGACAGCUCGCUAUGAGUUAUAUGCUGAGAUGUUUGAUCGUUAUUUGAAGCCAGACUUUGAGCCCCAAGUUAUCUCUGAUCCCUUGUUGCACAAAAAGUCUUCUUAAGCGCAAGGUACUGCUCAAACCUGUGAUAAUAAAUAAGUUAGUACGUCCAUGUCUGUAAAUAUCGAACAUUAUGCAUCUGUUAUUGGAUUAGGACAGGGAUGAAUAAUGGCAAAAGAACUGAAGAGAAACAUUUUGCUACAUUUUGAAUACCUUCUGAUCUCUAUUGUUAUCUUUUUGCAAGUCCCUUUCUGUUACGUUCGUUGUUUAUUCGACUCUUUGAACUA